AUGAUGGCCACAUUCAACUUGAGCAGCUUCAAUCCAGGCCCACUCAUCCUAUUGGGAAUCCCAGGACUGGAGAAGUUCCACAUCUGGAUUGGAAUUCCCUUCUUCACUAGCUACCUUGUGGGCCUUGCAGGCAACAGUGUCCUUCUCUACCUUAUCUUCAGGGAGCACAGCCUCCAUGAGCCCAUGUUCUUUUUCCUCUCCAUGCUGGCUGUGACUGAUCUCAGCCUUUCUAAUACAUGUGUACCCCAAAUUGUCAGCAUCUUCUGGCUGGGUCCUCAGAAAAUCACCUUUUCUGGAUGUCUUACGCAGAUGUUUUUUCUCCACUACAGCUUUGCCAUGGAUUCUGCCACCCUGCUGGCCAUGGCAUUCGAUCGCUAUGUUGCCAUUUGCUUCCCCUUAAGAUACAACACUAUUCUCACCCGUCAGAUUAUUACUAAGAUUGUGCUGGCUAUAAUCAGCAGAAGCUUUUGUAUAAUCUUCCCAUGUGUGUUCCUAUUAAAGCGACUGCCUUUCUGCCGAACACUCAUCAUCCCCCACACAUACUGUGAGCACAUAGGCAUUGCCCGGCUGGCCUGUGCCGACAUCUCCAUCAACAUCUGGUAUGGAUUUGCUGUGCCCGUACUGACUGUCACGUCAGAUCUUAUCCUCAUUGGUGUCUCCUAUGCUCUCAUCCUCCGUGCUGCCUUUCACCUUCCAUCCCGGGAUGCCCGCCAGAAAGCCCUCAGCACGUGUGGUUCCCAUAUUUGUGUCAUCCUUAUAUUCUACACACCAGCCAUGUUCUCUGUCCUCACCCACCGUUUUGGUCACAAUAUUCCUCACUCCUUCCACAUAUUGUUUGCCAACCUCUAUGUAGCCAUCCCUCCUGCACUCAAUCCAGUCAUCUAUGGGGUAAAGACCAAGAACAUUCGGGACAAGAUUAUCCUCCUGCUCUUCCCUAAAGGGACCCAGUGA